AUGGAACCUAACAUUGAUGAAUGGUGCUCCGAUAACCGAUUAGAGAGUGAAUCGGUUAUUAUCCUAUCUGUUUGGCUUAGUUUUACUAGCCUUGCAGCUGUAGCUGGAAACGCCCUUGAAAUGUGGUUGUUUUAUAAACACGAGUCUUUAAGAACUACUUCAAACCGUUUUAUAAUCUCGUUGGCAACAGCGGACUUCCUCGUAGGGCUUGUCAUAACACCCGUGUGGAUAGCCGAACGUUAUGUGAUUCAGCCGCCAGAUACUAGUGCUUGGACCAAAAUUUUGAACAUGUUAUGGGUAUACACGACUGCGGCUACAACUUUUAACUUGUGCUGUGUUUCUGUGGAUCGCUUUAUCGCCAUUUGUUUUCCUCUUCGUUACAAAUUCAUUAUAACCACACGUGCAUGUCACUAUUCGAUCAUUUCAGCUUGGGUUGCUUCGAUAUUACUGCCGUUAUCUUUGAUAUUCGUAAGCGAGGAAAAAAUGGGAAUGAUGUUAUCGGUCGCCACGUUUUUACUGCCCACCAUAAUCGUUACCUUCUGCUAUGCAUGGAUUUUUAAAGCUGCAAGGAGACAGAUCAGAAGAAUACGAGAAAACUCUAUCGAGAACAAUACUAUGUUUAAUGCGAAACAGAACUAUAAAGCCCUAAAAACAGUAGGGUUUGUAUUGGGUGUAUUCAUCGCUUCAUACAUGCCUUGUUUAGUCGUCUCCAUUGUGCACCAAGUGAAAGGAGGGGAUCCUUGUUUAGAUGACAGAUAUUUUGUCUCUGUGUGGCCAUGGAUUGAAGCGGUUGCUUUUACGUCAUCAGCGAUCAAUCCAUGGAUCUAUUGCUUUCGAAACACAGACUUUCGCGAGGUCUUAAAUCUUAGGUUUACUUGGUUUCCGUCGUGAAAAUUGUGAGAUACAAAGUUCGUUGGAUAAUCAAUGAGGAAGACUUCUGUUCUUAACCCAGAUAGUUAAGACUAAAAAAGAGGGCUUUUAUUUUGCCUUUGCAAAUGUAUGACGCAUAACAGUUGGCUAAAAAAGUCGUAGUUUGUAACUAAAAGCAUCUUAAAGUAGAAAGCGUGUUUAGCAAUCGCAAAGGCGACUUGGGAAUUUCGAGUCAGCUACUUGCCUAGAAUUACCAUAGGAGAUUCCUUUCUGUUAAUGACCAAUACAUACAGCUAUUCAAAAGGUAAGGUAAAUGUGACAAGUUAUUAUCUAAAGCUUACGAACUUGGUUUGAAAGCUCGUAUUCGUAAUCAGUUUCCUACUCGUACACCACUGCAAGUGCUUUUUUUAACCGGAAGCGCAGGCCACGAAGCAAACUCGUUAAACAGGUGCAGCUAGGCCACAACCCGGUAAGUCCGGGCUUUUAAAAGUCCGUGGAGCCAUUAUCACUCAGUCAUGGUGACUUUAUGCAACUUACAUAAGUGUUAACUUACUUAAUAAUAACAUUACAACUUGAAAAGCACAAAUCAGCCUCGCUUUUUCGAAGGAAAUUCCAUUUCUGUUUUUCUGAGAGGUGAGACGUGAUCACUUCAUAACAUAACGCCAGUUUAACUUGUCACAAGCUGUUAACGGUGUCCUUACUGGAAAUUAAUGGCGCAGUUUCUCUUUCCUUACCCUGGGUGCCAGAGGCUUUUCAUACGCGGUUUCGGCCGAAGACGUGUCGGCCUGCUGCUGACGAAGCUCCUUGUCGCGCGCGAGAAAAAACCUCUGGUACCCAAACUAACUCUCUCCUCUGCAGGGUCCUUUUUUCUGUCAGGUGGAACACAGGUACCCCAAGCUCACGAGUGAGAAUUGUGUUGCUUAAGAGAAAUAUUUUAAGACAUUUUAUGGAAAAUUUAUCGAUCGUUAUUUAGGGCUUAAAAUAGAAAUAAAAAUAUAUCAAAACUUCUUACCUUGCCUCCUUUUCUUCUUUGUGGUAUGUUCUUAGCAUUUCUGGCCGUUCCAGAGAGAACAAUGGUAGAAGUAAAACUCACUAGAAUCGCGCGGAAACGGCCAGAAAUGCUAAGAACAUACCACAAACAAGACAAGGAGACAAGGUAAGAAGUUUUGAUGUAUUUUUAUUUCUAUUUUAAUGCCCUAAAUAACGUUCGAUAAAUUUUCUAUACGAACCCUUAUAAUAUUUCUGUUACGCAACACUAUUCUCACUCGUGAGCUUGGGAUACCUGUGUUUGCAACUAACUGCCAAUAUGACGUGCGGUAAAGCACCCUGAAUCGGUAACCCAGAGGAACAAAGCAUAGCGUGAAGAAUAUCAGAUCGCUAAAUCAAUAACAGAGCAAAACAUCCAAUUCUGAAUACGAACAACGAACUGCGGAAUUAGAACUUUUAUAAUCAAUUUUCUCAUUUGUUCUUAUUAAGAUUGAGGGGUCAGAUGGCAAAAUGUUUUUUACGCCUUUUUAUAUAGCAGACGGCAUAACUUAGGAGCUCUGGUGUGGCUCUUUUAAAAUUUUAUGAAAAAAAAUGAAAAUAAUGGCAUCUGCGCAAACGAUUCUAUUUAUAUGCAAAAAUAAUCUUGUCUCUAAGAGCAUCAGUAAUUAAUGCCUAAAACACAUUGUCAAUCAAUACGAGCGGAAUGGCAAGGAGGGUGCAAACUUGUAAAUACCAGCUGAAAUAAGCUGCCUCAUUGCCUAAUUUCUAACAUUUACAUGUUUUUGUUCUUUCAAAGAAGGAGGGGACACCGAUAAUUUUAACUCAUUUUUGUGCUCAUUUCGAGUACACCGCGCAUCUGGCCCAGGUGUGGUAGGCACAAAAAGACGUGAAAGGAAAACUAGUCUAACAAAAGAAGAAAAAAAAAACACUUCAGUCUACCUUAUAAUGUCAAGUGAAAACGGAAGUUGUCAGUUUAAAUGAUCGCCAAGUGAUUUAAGAACUACUUCAAACCGUUUUAUAAUCUCGUUGGCAACAGCAGACUUCCUUGUAGGGCUUGUCAUAACACCAGUGUGGAUAGCCGUACGUUAUGUGAUUCAGCCGCAAGAUACUAGUCCUUGGACCAAAAUUUUGAACAUGCUAUGGGUAUACACGACUGCGGCUACAACUUUUAACUUGUGCUGUGUUUCUGUGGACCGCUUUAUCGCCAUUUGUUUUCCUCUUCGUUACACAUUCAUUAUAACCAAACGUACAUGUCACUAUACGAUCAUUUCAGCUUGGUUUGCUUCGAUGUUACUGCCGUUAUCUUUGAUAUUCGUAAGCGAGGAAAAAAUGGGAAUGAUGUUAUCGGUUGCCACGUUUUUAGUGCCAAACAUCAUUGUUGCUUUCUGCUAUGCAUGGAUUUUUAAAGCUGCAAGGAGACAGAUCAGAAGAAUACGAGACAACUCUAUCGAGAACAAUACUACGUUUAAGGCCAAACAGAACUAUAAAGCCCUAAUAACAGUAGGGUUUGUACUGGGUGUAUUCAUUGCUUCAUGGAUGCCUUGUUUAGUCGUCUCCAUUGUGCACCAAAUGAAAGGAAAGGAUCCUUGUUUAGAUGACAGAUAUUUUGCCUCCGUGUGGCCAUGGAUUGAAGCGGUUGCUUUUACGUCAUCAGCGAUCAAUCCAUGGAUCUAUUGCUUUCGAAACACAGACUUUCGCGAGGUUUUAAAUCGUAGGUUUAGUUGGUUUCCGUCAUGAAAAUCUUGAGAUUCAAAGUUCGUUGGAUAGUCAAUGAGGAAGAUUUCUGUUCUCAACCCAGAUAGUUGCGACUAAAAAAAAGGGCCUUUAUUUUGCCUUUGCAAAUGUAUGGCGCAUAAUACUUAGCUAAAAAAGGCGUAGUUUGUAACUAAAGGCACAUACAAAAAUCGAUCUUAAAGUAGAAAGCACGUUUAGCAAUCCCAAAGGCGACUUGGGAAAAUCGAGUGAGCUACUUGCCUAGAACUACCAUUCUUUUCUGUUAAUGACCAACACAUACAGCGAUUUAAAAGAUAAGGUAAGUGUGACAAGUUGUCAUCUAAAGCAUACGAACUUGGUUUGAAAGCUCGUAUUCGUAAUAAGUUUCCUACUCGUACACCACUGCAAGUGCGUUUUUAACUAGAAGCGAGGGCCACGAAGCAAACUCGUUAAACAAAUGCAGCUAAGCCACAACCCGGUAAGUCCGGGCUUUUAAAACUCCGUGACGCCAUCAUCACUUAGUCAUAGUAACUUUACGCAUUUUUAAAGUGUUAACUUACUUAAUAAUAACAUUACAACUUGAAAAGCACAAAGCAGCCUGGCUUUCUCGAAGGAAAUUCCAUUCUGUUUUAUUGAGAGGUGAAACGUGAUCACUUCAUAACAUAACGCCAGUUUAACUUGUCACAAGCUCUUAACGGUGUCCUUACUGGAAAUUAAUGGCACAGUUUCUCUUUCCCUGCCCUGGCUUCCAGAGGCUUUUCAUGCGCGGUUUCGGCCGAAGAUGUGUUGGCCUGCGGCUGGCGAAGCUCCUUGUCUCGCGCGAGAAAAAACCUCCGGUACCAAACUUACUCUUUCCUUCGCAGGGUCCUUUUUUCUGUCAGCCGGAACACAGGUACCCCAAGCUCACGAGUGAGAAUUGUGUUGCGUAACAGAAAUAUUAUAAGGCUUUUUAUGGAAAAUUUAUCGCUCGUUAUUUAGGGCUUUUAAAUAGAAAUAAAAAUACAUCAAAACCUCUUAACUGCCUCCUUGUCUUGUUUGGUUGUGGCCGUUUCAGAGAGAGAGCAACGGUAGAACUAAAACUCACUAGAAUCGCGCUGAAACGGCCAGAAAUGCUAAGAACAUACCAAAAACAGACAAGGAGACAAGGUAAGAAGUUUUGAUGUAUUUCCAUUUCUAUUUUAAAUGCCCUAAAUAACGUCAGGUAAAUUUUCUAUACAAACCGUUAUAAUAUUUCUGUUACGCAACACUAUUCUCACUCGUGAGCUUGGGGAACCUGUGGUUGGAACUAACUGCCAAUAUGACGUGCGGUAAAGCACCCUGAAUCAGUGACCCAGAGGAACAAAGCAUAGCAUGAAGAAUGUGAGAUUGCUAAAUUAAUAAGGGAGCAAAACAUCCAAUUCUAAAUACGAACAAAGAACUGCGGAAGUAGAACUUUUAUAAUCAAUUUUCUCAUUUGUUCUUAUUAAGAUUGAGGGGUCAGAUGGCAAAAUGUUUUUUACGCCUUUUUAUAUAGCACACGGCAUAACUUAGGAGCUCUGGUGUGGCUCUUUUAAAAUUUUAUGAAACAAAAUGAAAAUAAUGGCAUCUGCGCAAACGAUUCUAUUUAUAUGCAAAAAUAAUCUUGUCUCUAAGAGCAUCAGUAAUUAAUGCCUAGAACACAUUGUCAAUCAAUACGAGCGGAAUGGCAAGGAGGGUGCAAACUUGUAAAUACCAGCUGAAAUAAGCUGCCUCAUUGCCUAAUUUCUAACAUUUACAUGUUUUUGUUCUUUGAAAGAAGGAGGGGAAACCGAUAACUUUAACUCAUUUUUGUGCUCAUUUUGAGCACACCGCGCAUCUGGUCCAGGUGUGGUAGGCACAAAAAGACGUGAAAGGAAAACUAGUCUAACAAAAGAAGAAAAAAAAAACACUUCAGUCUACCUUAUAAUGUCAAGUGAAAACGGAAGUUGUCAGUUUAAAUGAUCGCCAAGUGAAUGAAAAAUAAUUAGGAGGUUCAAAUGUCUUGUUUUACAUCUUACGUUCAAGAUGUAGGCCGUAAAGUGAUUUGGCAGGUUUUACUGACUUGACUAGAGAAUCUAAAACACAGUGCUGUUCUUUGGGCGGUGAGUGGUUCAAGAGCAGACAUUUCUGAGCUUCAGCAACUGGAUGAUAUAGUUUUAGUGGGCCACGAAUCUUUCAUCAAAAGACUUGUUUCUGGAACCGUAUCCUGACUAUUAAGUACUUAAAGGUUUAGAAAAGACCCCAAAAGAGGAGAUUUUAUCGCCUUCUACAUGGAACUUAACAUGAAUGAGUCGUGCCCCGAUGAGCGAUUGGGAAGUGAAUCGGUUUUCAUCCUUUCCGUUUGGCUUAGUUUUACUAGCCUAGCAACUAUUACUGGAAACGCCCUUGUAAUGUGGUUGUUUUAUAAACACGAGUCUUUAAGAACCAUUUCCAACCGUUUUAUUAUCUCGUUGGCAACGGCAGACAUUCUUGUUGGGCUUGUCAUUAAUCCUGUGUGGAUAGCCGUGCGCUAUGUGAUUCAGCCGCCGUUUAUUAGUGUACGAUCCGAAAUUCUGGAAAUGUUAUGGAUACACACAACUGCGGCUACAACUUUUAACUUGUGUUGUGUUUCUGUGGAUCGCUUUAUCGCAAUUUGCUUUCCUCUUCGUUACAGACUUAUUGUAACCAAACGUACGUGUCAUUUUUCGAUCAUUUCAGUUUGGGUAGCCUCGAUAUUUCUACCGUUUUCACUGAUGUUCAUGAGCGAGGAAAAUAUGGAGAUCCUCAUUGCAAUACCGGCUGCCACGUUUUUAGUGCCAAACUUCAUCGUUGCUUUCUGUUAUGCAUGGAUUUUUAAAGCGGCAAGGAGACAGAUCAGAAGAAUACAAGACAACUCUUUCCAGAACAAUACUGUAUAUCAUGCCGUAAAGAACUAUAAAGCCCUAAAAACAAUAGGGAUGGUAGUGGGUGUAUUUAUCGCUUCAUGGAUGCCUUGUUUAGUCGCCACCAUUGUGCACGAAGUGAAAGGAGAAGAUUAUUGUUUGUAUGUUAAAUAUGAUAAUGCUGUGUGGCCCUGGGUUGAGGCGGUUGCUUUUACAUCAUCAGCAAUCAAUCCAUGGAUCUAUUGCUUUCGAAACAUCGACUUUCGCGAGGUUUUAA